CUGGGGACUGCUUAAAGACAGGAUCAUUCCCACUCCCACUGGCACUCUCCCAUUCUGUCGCCCGCACUAUCACGCCAUGCUUCUCCCUUUUCCCCUUUACUCUUUAACUUACCUUUAAUUUAAUGAAUAUCUUUUGUUUGUAAUUCCCGUUGUGUCACUUCCGGAGAGCCGAGGUUGUAACGUAAUUGGGGCUCGUCCAAUUUUUGUUCUUUUGAAAGGAUGGGUGUAAGUUGUGUUUGCCCUGAGAUUUUUUGUGGUGCACAGGCCUUUCGAUUGUUUGUUACUUUGUUUUGUGGCGUGCUGUCGCUUUGCCAUUUGUCACACUUCUGGUACAACUGCUGCUAGUUAAUCAACAGAAUUGAACAGCUCCAUGAAAGCAAGCUACUUUGAAAAUGUCAAAUUCUGUUAUUCUUCAUCGUUUUCGAUCGUUUGGUGAAGACAAUAGGGCAUUUGAGUCAGAAUAUCUAGAUAUUCAUGAUUCAAGUGAAAAAGACGUCUACACGGUAAAUGGAAAUUCUUCAAAAACUGACAAUAGCAAUGAAAAGAUGUCAGCAUUGAAAAAGGAAGACAGCAUUAAAAUCGGAUUUUUUGAGCUGUUUCGGUUUGCUUCCUGCUAUGAAAUUGCUCUGAUGGUGUUUGGUGGCCUCUGUGCACUAGUUCACGGCACAGCCCAGCCUGCUGUGUUACUGGUCUUUGGUUUGCUGACAGACACGUUCAUCGCAUAUGACAUAGAAUUGCAAGAAUUAAAUGACCCGAACAAAAUCUGCAUAAAUAAUACCAUCAGUUGGGCCAAUGGCUCAGACUACCAAAAUCAAAAUAACGAGGAAGUGUCCUGUGGGGUCUUAGACAUUGAAAGAGAAAUGACCAUGUUUGCUUUUUAUUACAUUGGAAUCGGAUUCUCUGUGCUAAUUUUGGGUUACUUUCAAAUAUGUUUCUGGGUCACAGCGGCUGCACGUCAGAUUCAAAAGAUCAGAAAAACUUACUUUCGACAGAUAAUGAGGAUGGAGAUGGGUUGGUUUGACUGUAAUUCGAUUGGAGAAUUGAACACAAGGAUGUCAGAUGACAUUAAUAAAAUUAAUGAUGCUAUCGCUGAUCAGGUUGGGAUUUUCAUUCAACGUUUUGCAACUUUUGUUAGUGGAUUUCUCCUAGGGUUUGUCAGUGGUUGGAAGCUUACGCUGGUUAUCAUUGCUGUCAGUCCCCUGAUUGGAGUUGGAGCUGCUCUCAUGGCAUUGUCUGUCUCAAAACUGACUGGUCUUGGAUUGAAAGCUUAUGCUAAGGCUGGUUCUGUAGCAGAUGAAGUGCUUUCAUCCAUAAGAACAGUGGCUGCAUUCAGUGGCGAGAAAAAAGAGGUGGAAAGAUACGACAAAAACUUGGUGUUUGCUCAACGCUGGGGCAUUAGGAAAGGGAUCAUCAUGGGACUUUUCACAGGCUACGUAUGGAUGAUAAUCUUUUGUUGCUAUGCUCUAGCAUUCUGGUACGGAUCUCAGUUGGUUAUAGAACAGAAUGAAUAUACUCCUGGUGGUCUUUUACAGGUGUUCCUGGGGGUUCUGGUGGCUGCUAUGAAUCUUGGCCAAGCUUCACCUUGUUUGGAAGCUUUUGCAUCUGGCCGUGGUGCGGCUGUGAAAAUAUUUGAAGCUAUAGACCGGGAACCCGAGAUUGACUGCAUGUCAGAAGAAGGAUACAAACUGUGUAAAGUGAAAGGUGAUAUUGAAUUCCACAAUGUGACGUUCAAUUAUCCCUCCAGGCCAGAAGUAAAGAUUCUCGAUCGACUUAGUAUGGUUAUUAAAGCAAGUGAAACAACAGCAUUUGUUGGACCAAGUGGAUCUGGUAAAAGCACAUCAGUGGAGCUAAUUCAGAGAUUCUAUGAUCCCAAACAAGGAAUGAUCACUCUGGACGGUCAUGACAUCCGCUCUUUAAAUAUUCAGUGGCUGCGUUCUUUGAUUGGGAUUGUUGAACAGGAGCCUGUCUUGUUUGCCACCACCAUUGAGGAGAAUAUUCGAUAUGGUCGUGACAAUGUGACAAAGGAUGAGAUUAUCAGAGCAACCAAGGAAGCCAAUGCUUAUAAUUUCAUUAUGGAUCUGCCAGAGAAAUUUAACACUCUUGUAGGAGAAGGCGGAGGGCAAAUGAGCGGGGGUCAAAAACAACGUAUUGCCAUUGCUCGAGCUCUUGUGAGGAAUCCCAAAAUUCUGCUGCUGGAUAUGGCAACAUCUGCAUUGGACAACGAGAGUGAGGCAAUCGUUCAAAUGGCACUUGAUAAGGUUCGGAUGGGUCGAACAACUAUCUCCAUUGCUCAUCGACUAUCCACAAUAAGAAAUGUUGAUGUGAUCAUUGGCUUUGAACAUGGAAGAGCUGUAGAAAGGGGGAAACAUGCAGAACUGCUUGAGAGAAAAGGGGUUUAUUUCACAUUAGUAACUCUACAAACUCAGGGAGACCAAGCUCUCAAUGAAAAGAGAAGACAAACAGGUUCUACAGCUGAAGAAAGAGCAAGUGAAAAGCAGCAGUUCAUCAGGCAUGGGAGUACUCGUUCAAGCUCACGAGCAUCGAUUCGUCAGCGUUCCAGAUCUCACCCACUUUCUGAUCUGUCUGUGCCUGGAGAUGUUGCUUCAGUUAUCCGACGUCAAUCCGGAUAUCUUGAGGAUGAAGACAAGGUCACAGGGGAAGAGGAAGAAGAAAACAUAGAGCCAGCACCAGUAACUAGAAUUCUAAAAUAUAAUGUUCAUGAAUGGCCUUACAUGUUGCUCGGUUCACUUGGUGCUGCGGUUAACGGUGGAGUUAAUCCAGUUUAUGCACUAUUGUUCAGCCAGAUUCUUGGGACAUUUUCGCUGCAAAAUGAAGAAGAAAAAAGAAAUCAAAUCAAUUCAAUAUGCAUGUUUUUUGUUAUCGUUGGACUUGUAUCAUUCGUAACACAGUUCCUGCAGAGUUACUUUUUUGCGAAAUCUGGUGAACUGCUGACACGGAGAUUGAGGAAAUUGGGAUUCCAGGCCAUGUUAGGACAAGAAAUUGGCUGGUUCGAUGAUCGGAAGAAUAGCCCUGGGACAUUAACAACAAGGCUGGCCACAGAUGCGUCACAGGUUCAAGGGGCAACUGGAACUCAGAUUGGAAUGAUAGUGAAUUCUCUCAGCAACAUAGGAGUGUCAUUGAUCAUUGCUUUCUACUUCAGCUGGAAGCUAACGCUAGUUAUACUUUGCUUUCUGCCUUUUCUGGUGCUCUCUGGUGCUCUGCAAGCCAGGAUGUUAACAGGAUUUGCAAACCAGGACAAAGCGGCCCUUGAAGUUGCUGGCCAGAUAUCCAGUGAAGCACUGAGUAACAUCCGAACCAUAGCUGGUGUGGCAAAAGAACAAAUGUUUGUGCAACUGUAUGAGGCACAACUUGAGGCCCCUUACCGAGCUGCGAUUAAGAAAGCCAAUGUUUAUGGCUUGUGCUUUGGUUUUGCUCAGUCUGUAAUCUUCUUGGCCAAUGCUGCAUCAUACAGAUUUGGUGGUUAUUUGGUUGUUGCUGAAAGCCUUCACUUCAGCAUUGUAUUCAGAGUGAUUUCUGCCAUUGUAACAAGUGGGACAGCACUGGGAAGAGCCUCUUCGUACACUCCAGACUAUGCAAAAGCAAAAAUAGCAGCAGCGCGAUUUUUCCAGCUGAUUGAUCGUGUUCCCGAAAUCAGUGCCUACAGCAAUGAAGGAGAAAAAUGGGACAAUUUUAAAGGAGAAGUUAAAUUCAUUAACUGCAAAUUUACAUACCCAUCUCGGCCAGACUUCCAAGUCCUAAAUGGCCUCUCGGUUUCAGUGAAACCUGGCCAGACACUUGCCUUUGUUGGCAGUAGUGGAUGUGGAAAAAGUACAAGUGUGCAAUUGCUUGAACGAUUUUACGAUCCUAACGACGGACAACUGCUGAUUGACGGUCGCAACUCAGGGACCAUAAACACUAACUUCUUAAGAUCCAAGAUUGGAAUCGUGUCCCAGGAACCUGUACUUUUUAACUGCAGUAUCGCGGACAAUAUUAAAUAUGGUGACAACAGCCGUCAAGUUAGUAUGGAUGAAGUCAUUGCAGCGGCAAGGAAGGCCCAGCUCCAUGACUUUGUGAUGUCAUUACCAGAUAAAUAUGACACAUCAGUGGGUGCCCAAGGUUCUCAAUUAUCCCGUGGACAGAAACAGCGUAUUGCUAUAGCCCGUGCCAUUGUCCGGAAUCCGAAAAUUCUUCUCCUCGAUGAAGCAACAUCUGCACUGGAUACGGAGAGCGAAAAGACUGUCCAGGCUGCUUUAGAUGAAGCAAGAAAAGGACGAACUUGUAUUGUGAUUGCGCAUCGUCUGUCAACCAUUCAGAACUCAGAUAACAUUGCAGUCAUGUCUCGAGGAAUACUCAUUGAACAGGGAACUCAUGAUGAACUAAUGGCUGCUCAAGGGGCUUAUUAUAAACUUGUCACAACUGGUGCUCCUAUCAGUUAAAUAGCUUCAAGUCAUAUUCACUCUAUUUGUUAAACAAUGUGCCCUUUCAAACAUUGAUUUCUAUUCCAGUUUUCUUCUCCAUACGGCCCAUUGUUUUAAAUAUAGCAACAUAUAAAAAUAUAUACUGUACAUAGAUUUUUAUGCCUGCUUGUCCAAGUAAAAUUUCUUCACACAUAGUGUUAGAUCUUGAAAACUGGUAGAACAAUAUUUAGCUCUGCUCCUGCGAGCUAGUAAAAUACAUUAUUAUUUCUCUAUAAUGUCAAUGACUGUCAAAGCUAUCUAACUUGCAUUAAAUGCAAGACAGUUGAUAAUCUUGUUCAGAAAGUUUCAAUUAUAUAGAAAAAAUACAAAUAUACCUGAAAUAAUGACAUGUUUUAAUCAGAGUUAAAGUGCUUGAUCGGAAUCUAAAAUAAAAUCAGUGUAUGGUUGUAUGGAUGUAGUGUUAUUAAUAUUAUACUAACUUGGUUUUAUGCCUAACAUAUUUUUUUGAGCGGGAGAUAGAGAGGGAGAGCGAGCAUCCUGACUGGUCUCUCUUCGUGCUAAGAGUGGUCCCCAACCACGAGGAAACAAUAUGAUUUGGCGGUAUGAAACGAUAUGAGUCAGCUGCACCUUUCCUCAUUCCCUAUCACACACCGUUGAAUUUUAAUGCACACGAGGUCAUCAGUAACCCAAGGCAUGCAAAGGAAUGGGUCCGUAACCCAUUUAUGAAUGUCCCCGGUGAAUCAUCCAUGUCAGCGCAGGAAAAAGAUCAACUCCUCGUGCUUGCAAAUGAUGGUGGGCUGAAAAGUAUGUUUGACAUAACAUCUCUGCCAGCAUUCUGGAUCAAAGACAAGGCUGAAUAUCCUGAGAUAGCCACAGAAGCACUGAAAACGUUGCUUCCAUUUCCAACAUAUCUCUGUGAAGCAGAGUUUUCUGCAAUGAAUGCAACGAAAACUAAAUUGCGGAAUAGACUGGACAUAAGGAACCCCCUUCGAGUAUCGCUGUCUCCCAUCACCCCUCGAUCGGACCGUCUUGUUGCAGGAAAACAAGCCCAGGGCUCCCACUGAUUCAGCGAUAUUAGUGUGUUGCAAUGAUUUUAUAUGUUCAUACAGGGAAAACAUGCGCUGUGUGUUUAAUAUGUGCUGUGUUACUUAAAAUGUUAUGAUGCUAUUGACUUAUCACCUAUAUUCCGGUCGUGAUUAACACCCCUGCCCCCGGUCGGCCGGUCCGCAAGAAUAUUGUCAAUAUUAAACCGGUCUGUGGUGCAAAAACGAUUGCGGACCCCUGCUAAGUAGACCUAUCAGUUUUCUCUGUGGGCGGGCUUUACAGUCGACCUCAAAAAUAAUGACAGUGUUGCUCGCUGCACUGUUUGCAACAGUGACUUUUCUAUUGCCCACGGUGGGUUAAAAUGUAAAAGACAUGUUGAGGUGAGUUUAACAGGUGUCAUUCGUUCAUUAACAUAGCUAACGUUAUUUAAACUAGCUGGCUAGCUGCUAAGGAGCUACUCUAUUGAUGUCCUACGUGAUGAGUCCAAACUCCCUGUAGACUU